AUGUUUUGUAAUCAUGAAUUUUCUGGAUACGACUCGAUUGAGUUGUAUGUUCUGCUCCAACAACCAAACGAGAGCCAGGUCGUUGAUCCCAUCAAAGUAGAACAAGCUGAGGUCGAUGUAAAUGAUGAAGACGAAGAAGAUCCAGAGUUAGCAUUUGAUGACAUGGUGAACGAUGAUUAUGAAGACGAUGUUGAAGGUGUAAUACCUCCAAUUUCAACAUACACACCACCGUCUCACAUGUCGAACGUUGACAUGGCCGGUGAUGAACCCUCAUCAGACAUAUUCCACAACGUCUGCAUGCAGUCAGAUGCAACUUUAAAAGAGAAAGAUAGUUUUCUUUCGAAGGAUGAGUGCAUGCGAGCAAUAAAAAAGUUCCACAUGUUAAACUCUGUGGAUUUUAAAGUGGACCGAACAAAUGCAGAACGGAAAGCAUGGUUAGCAAAAACCAAGGCGAUUGAACAAGUAUACGAUAAUUGGGAGGAAUCAUACAAAGAGUUACCCCGCUACUUAAAUGCACUCUGCACUUAUGCUCCUGAUACUGUUUAUGAGAUGGAAACAUUGCCCGCGUAUGCCCCAAAUGGUACUCUUGUCAGCGGAAAUGGAAUAUUUCGUCGUCUAUUCUGGGCCUUCCAACCUUGCAUCAGAGGGUUUGCAUUCUGCAAACCUAUUAUUCAAAUAGAUGGAACGUGGUUGUAUGGAAAAUACAAAGGCACCCUACUGAUGGCAGUCGCACAAGACGGAAACAGCAACGUCUUCCCAAUUGCAUUCGCUCUAGUCGAGGGAGAGACCGGUAGAGGUUGGAGUUUCUUUCUAAAAAAUCUCAGAACACACGUGGCUCCGCAAGCUGGUCUCUGUUUGAUCUCUGAUAGACAUGCUUCUAUUGUGAGUGCAUACAAUAACUCGGCUAAUGGUUGGCAUGACCCCCCUUCUACGCAUGUCUUCUGCAUUAGACAUAUUGUACAAAAUUUCACGCGAGAAAUUAAAGACAGGGCUCCUCGAAAAUUGGUUAUGAACGUAGGGUAUGCAUUAACUCAACCAUCUUUCAAACAUUACCGUAGAGAGAUCAGACUGUUAAAUCCAGAUGCAGGUACUUGGAUUGAUAAUAUUCCAGUGGAGAAGUGGACUAGGUCAUACGACAAUGGACAUCGAUGGGGACACAUGACAACAAAUCUUGUUGAAUCAAUGAACGGUGUCUUCAAAGGCAUACGACACCUCCCUGUAACCGCUUUGGUAAAAUCAACAUAUUUUAGGAUGGCUUCAUUGUUUGCACAAAGAGGUGAAAGGUGGGACGUUGUUUUACGAGCUGGACAAUUGUGGAGUGAAUGUUGCACAAGAUUUAUCAAGGCAGAAGGUGCGAAGGCCAACACACAUAUGGUUACAAGGUUUGACCGACAUAACCAAAAUUUCAUGGUCAGAGAGACAAUCGACCACGGCGAAGGGCUACCAAGACAAGAGUAUAGGGUUCUACUAGAAGAACGUUGGUGUGAUUGCGGAAAGUUUCAGACAUUUCGUAUGUCUUGCUCCCAUGUCAUUGCAACAUGUGCCCAUUCUCACUUAGAUGCAUUAGCACUCCUGUCUCCCAUUUACAAGUCUGAGACCUUGCUCCACGUAUACAUCAAUGGCUUUGCAGUGGUAGCAAAAGAGGAUUAUUGGCCUGCGUACGAGGGGGAAAUUGUUUGGCACAACGACCAAAUAUGGAGAAAUAAAAAGGGUCGUCCCAAAAGCAAGUGUAUCACAACUGAAAUGGACGAGCUCGAUAAGCUAGAAAGAAAGUGUGGUUUAUGUCGCCAAGUCGGACACAAUAAAAAAAAUUGUCCUAAUCGUGCAAGUGGUUCUUAG